UUUCUCACUAUAAUCUCAAGAGAAACCAUUAUCGCACCAUCUUUAUCAAAACAAAGCCUCUUCUAAUCCUUUUCUUUUGACAGUAGUCCAUUUAUUUAUACAUUGAUCUUUCUCAUAGCCAUCAUGACUAAGCAAAAGAUAGUGAUCAGGGUGCCUAUGAACAACCAAAAAUUAAGGAACAAAGCCAUGGCAAUUGCAGUUGGAGUCUCAGGAGUGGAAGGUACAACUAUAAAAGGAGAUAACAAGGAUCAAAUAGAAGUAACUGGAGAAGAGAUUGACUCAGUUAAACUGGCAUCUCUACUAAGAAAGAAAUUCGGUUAUGCAGAUUUGGUGAGUAUUGAAGCAGUAGGAAAGACAGAGGAAAAGAAAGAUAAAGAGAAAGCAGAGGCAAUUGUGGCAUGGCCUUAUGUAUAUUCUAGUGUUCCUCAUUACCCUGUGUAUGAGAUAAAGAACGAACCUUCUUGUUCCAUCAUGUGAAUGUCAUCUAGAAUAUGCAUGGUAAAUAAUGAAAACAGAGGAAUACAUAUAUAGGAAAAUAAGCAUAUAUACUAAAGGGUACAUUUUGUAGUGACAAAGAUUUAUUUGGAAGUUAUUGAUUUUGUAAGAUUGGUUUUGAUUAAAAAUAAAUAAAAUAUCAAGUGAUUAAUAUUUUUA